CUUUUAUCCGCGCGAUUUCUACCACAGCGGUUGCCUUAGUGCCAUGGUUGGCACAUUUUCCGCCAUGCGUUUGCCGUGUUUGCUAUGCUUGGCCUUGCUGAGACCCUCACUGUCAGGUAAUGUUAAUGUGGAAAAUGCCACCUCGCCGUCUGAAGUCCCGAAGGGCACGAGCCAGGUGACCAGCAACGAAAGCUUGGUGGACGAAAACAGGACGCAAAGCAGCAGCGUCACCUUGGAUGCGGUGAAUGAUACAAGACUCAGUGGAAAAGAAAAAGCAAUGCCAAAGCUUCGAAAACGCCUCGAAGCCGCUCCCUUUCAGACUGUGAUUUUCAUGCUCUUCUGGGUAUGCUGUUGCUCCUUCUGUUGCUACAGCGCCACCCACUCGCAAGAGGUGCGCACAAUGAUUCUGCGGCGCAACCAGCGUUCGCAGAUGGCGGAGAUCGCCGAGAAGGAGAUGGGCCAACUGCGGCACUCCGAGCCUGCGGGAACUGUUGGAUUGGCGAGCUCCUUUGAUGGGCUGCUCUCCAGCGCCUCCACUUACACGCCCCCUCGCCUCUGAGUUCGCUGCGUCCGCUGCGUUGGCAGAAUUUUCGGCCUCGUGCGGGUGCUGCACAAACAGAACGAACAAUUGUUUAUAUAAUCUGAUUGCGCUGAUUGCUAUCCUGAUCAGGCUAUAUCCAAAAUUGGAGGGCAAAAACACAUUGAUCAUGC